AUGGACGACCAUAACAAGCGUGUCUCAGACUACUUCAAGACCCGCACCAAAGGCCAGAACGGUCUUUGGAAGGACAUCAUGAUGACCCUUAACAAAGACCACUCCAUCAUACUCGGUGAUAACGACUACCUCAACCUCGCCCACCACAAGGACGUCCUCACCAAGCAAGCCAACGACCUCAUCAAGUCAACAUCCAGCGACGCCAACGACAACAUCCGCUCCUCAGCCUUCCUCUCCGAGUUCGACCCUCACACUGCUCUCGAAAAGGACCUCACAGCCUGGUUCGGCAAAGACUGCUACCUCGCCCAGUCCGGCUACGCCGCCAACGUCGGAGUCAUGCACGCCGUCUGCCACCCAAACAUGCACGUCUACGCCGACCAACUCCUACACAUGUCCUUCUACGACGGCCUCGCAUCCCGCGGGGUCAAACUACACUUCUUCAAACACAACAACCCCUCCAGCCUCGAGUCCCAGAUCAAAAAGCACGGACCGGGCUUCAUCCUCGUCGAAUCCAUCUACAGCACCACGGGCUCCUUCGCACCCCUCGAGGCCAUCGUCUCCCUCAAAAAAAGACACAACUGCAUCCUCCUCGUCGACGAGUCCCACUCCCUCGGCCUCUUCGGAUCGCAGGGCCUCGGAAUCCUGCAUUCCCUCAACCUCGCCCCCGAUGCAGACUAUGUCACCGCCAGCCUGGCAAAGGCCUACGCUACCCGCGCCGGCAUAGUGUUCAGCUCGAACGCGCUGUACGUCCGCGAACGCUCAUACCCGUUUAUAUUCUCCUCCGGGCUCGUGCAGAACGACGUCGUGCGCAUCCGCGCAAUCUGGGAAGCCAUCAAAGCCGCCGACGCUCGACGCGAACGGCUACUCAGCAUCUCGACAUUGUUCCGGCGGGAGAUGGAUAAAGUUGCCCCUGUUGCGGGUGGGUUAAAGCAUACCCCUUGUGCGAUUGUCAGUGUGCAUAUGGAGAACGAGGAUAAGCUGGCUGAGCUGCAUCGGUUUCUUUCGGAUAGAGGGAUUCUGGCGGCGCCGUUUUUGGCGCCGGCCACUUCGCCAGAUGCGCCGCUUUUGAGGUUUUCGUUGCAUUGUGAUAUUGGGGUUGAAGAAGUCCGGAAGGUUGUGGGGGCUGUGGGGGAGUGGUAUUCUAGGCGUAAGUCUAAGCUCUAG